UGAACUCCUAACUGAAAUUCAAGAGAAUGUCAACAAAUCCUGCCAUGUUCAAGCAGCAAUGUGCUUAUUAUAUUGUCCAUGUGAAGGAAUAUUGUUACAAAGAGUCGCUAUUUGAUGGCGGAGAUCCCAAACGAAACUCCCAUAUUUUACAGAUAAAUAAAGAUGUCUUUGUUGACUGGUUUCCCCGUACAAAAUUUGUUGGCUGUGGCCGCCUCCACUUCUAUAAACAGGCUCUCCAUUUCUCCACCUCCACUCAAAUCUCUCCUCGUUAAUCGAUCCACCUCUGCCGGAAGAAAAUCUUUUUCCCUCUUUGUGUCGGGAUCCUAUUCGUCUGUUGCUUCCUCCUCCACCGCUAUGGGUGACGCCGCCGCUGAUUCCGGUAUGGAUGCUGUCCAGAGGCGCCUUAUGUUCGAAGAUGAGUGUAUUUUGGUGGACGAGAAUGAUAAUGUAGUAGGUCAUGACACAAAAUACAAUUGUCACCUGAUGGAGAAGAUUGAGUCUGAAAAUUUGUUGCACAGAGCUUUCAGUGUAUUUCUCUUUAACACAAAAUAUGAGCUGUUGCUUCAGCAACGGUCUGCAACAAAGGUCACCUUUCCUUUGGUGUGGACAAACACCUGCUGCAGCCACCCCCUUUACCGAGAGUCCGAGCUUAUCCCUGAGAACGCACUUGGGGUGAGGAAUGCUGCCCAAAGGAAGCUCUUGGACGAACUCGGUAUUCCGGCUGAAGACGUCCCAGUUGAUCAGUUCACACCAUUGGGCCGCAUGCUGUACAAAGCGCCAUCUGAUGGAAAGUGGGGAGAGCAUGAACUUGAUUACCUACUGUUCAUUGUUCGGGACGUUAAUGUCAACCCGAAUCCUGAUGAGGUAGCUGAUAUCAAGUAUGUGAAUAAAGAAGAGUUGAAAGAGCUGUUGAGAAAAGCAGAUGCUGGUGAGGGUGGUAUUAAGCUUUCCCCAUGGUUCCGACUAGUUGUUGACAACUUCCUGUUCAAGUGGUGGGAUCAUGUGGAGAAAGGGACUAUAAGCGAAGCAGCCGAUAUGAAAACCAUUCACAAGUUGACUUAAAAAUGCAGUCGGCUAAGGAUAUGGUAUUUCAUGGCAGAUUUUCAGUUUCUUGAAAUAAGUAACUUGUCUGGUAAGAUGUCCUUGAAACCAAUAAGUUGAUUAUGCUUGUUAUAUGAGAAUGUUCUUUUGAAUUUGCUCAGCUUUUGACAUAGACUACAGUAUUUGAUUUGGCUUUUAAAUUAUGAUUAAGUAAAGAAACUCUUUGUUACACUUUCAUUUCUAUUAUGGUUUAAUUUACUUCAAGUUUUUGUUGAA